GUACCAUACUUUCCGUCAUCGUGAAAUCGUGGAUGUGCCCUUGACAUGUCUUAUAACACAAGGCCAACACAGUCUUAUCUGAAGCAGUGACUGUGCAGGGGCCAUAAAUAGCUCCUACUGGUAGCCGGCAGGCUGGUAGCAACAAGAAAAGAUGCUCCCCUUUGGUUGUCCAGUCCAUAUCUUCUUUCUGUCCUCUCCAGACUAUCUAAUCUGUAAAUGGAUCCAAAGGGGGCUAACACAGUCAACGCUUGAGCCUCCAUCCUCCAUGUUGUUGUCUCGCUCCAGUCAGCAACAAAGGAAGUGAUGACGAAAAUAGUGGACAUUCAAGUUUUAGACAUACGUUUUCCAACGUCACUCGAGUCCCAUGGGUCAGAUGCCAUGAACACGGACCCGGAUUAUUCCUGUGCAUAUGUCAUCCUUACUGCCAGUUCUGGUUUGAAGGGCCAUGGUUUCACCUUCACGACAGGAAGGGGAACUGAAGUUGUUGUUGCUGCAGUCAAGGCACUCUCUCGUCACAUCGAGUACAAAACCCUCGACUCCAUUUACGAAAAUUUUGCAAGUCUGUGGAGGGAGCUCGCAAGUGACACUCAACUGCGAUGGUUAGGGCCAGAGAAAGGAGUGGUACACUUAGCUACAGCUGCUCUCAUCAACGCCCUCUGGGACCUGUGGGGGAAACUCGAGGGCAAGCCUGUCUGGAAACUGCUUGCUGACAUGAGUCCAGAGAAAAUUGUAUCGUUGAUCGACUUUCGCUACAUGUCAGAUAUGCUCACCAAAGAAGAAGCAAUCGAGAUUCUACGGUCAAAACAAUCAUCUGCAGCUCAAAGGGAGAAAGAUGUAGUUGAGAAUGGAUAUCCUGCGUACAACACCUCUGUUGGAUGGCUGGGUUACACUGAUAGUCAGAUAAAAAUCCUUUGUCAAGAGGCCGUGAAAGAUGGGUUUACGAGUUUCAAAGUCAAAGUUGGCAGAGACCUUGUUGAUGACAAGCGUCGCCUUGCAGUUGUCCGUCAUUCUAUUGGAUCCCAUUGUAAACUGAUGGUAGAUGCAAAUCAGUAUUGGGACAUCAAAGAAGCGAUCUAUUGGACGAAAGAACUGUCCAACUUUGACCUGUACUGGGUUGAAGAGCCAACUUCUCCCGAUGAUAUACUCGGUCAUGCCACAAUUGCUAAGGCGUUGCAACCAAUGGGAAUUGGAGUGGCAACCGGUGAACAGUGCCACAACCGUGUCAUGUUCAAACAAUUUCUGCAAGCAGACGCCCUCCAAUUUUGCCAGAUAGACAGUUGCAGACUUGGUGGUGUCAAUGAAAUCCUUUCAGUCAUCCUGAUGGCAGCAAAGAAGAAAGUACCCGUAUGCCCUCACGCUGGGGGAGUGGGACUUUGUGAGCUUGUGCAACAUCUCAGCUACUGGGACUAUAUCAGUGUAUCCGGCACACAACAGAACAGGGUUCUGGAGUAUGUGAGUCACCUCCAUGAGCAUUUCAAAACACCUGUCGUCAUCAAAAACGGACGCUACAUGCCGCCUCAGGCACCAGGGUACUCGUCAGAAAUGUGGGAGUCUAGCAUCGAGAAGUACCAAUUUCCUGAUGGCAUGGUGUGGAAAGAGCUGCUUGCAUCAGGACACUACAAGAAGGCAUUUUAAUUUCCAGUCAAGUGUUCCAUGUCGCUCUACUAUGAAUUUUGCUUCUAGAGAGCCCUUGCACUCUAAUAGUUUGGAUUAAGACACAUAAUACGUAAAUAAACCUUGGAAACAACCAAACAUAACUACC